CGUUGCUCCAGUGCGUUGUUGUCUAGCUAACACGGCGCGCGUACAAGAGCUCGCGAGGGGCCGACCUUCGUUCCUGCCUUCUCCAUCCCUCCCUUGCCUAAGCACUAACUCCAGUUCGUUGCCCUCGCCCAAGCUCGAGGCUUCAGCAACUUUCCUCCACUCGCCAGUCCCGACGCAAUCACAAUGGGUCUCUUCUCGCGCAACACCAGGCCCGCCGAUGCGAACACGGCCCACAGCACUGGCAGCACUGCCCCAGCUAACGGUCAUCACGCUGAGAAGACGGGUCGCCACCACACCUAUGGCGAUGGAUCGUUCAACCGCCGUCCUCCUUUUGGCCAGUGGCUGAAGACGACAUGGCUUGACAUCCUCACCAUGGCCGUCAUGGGCGCCAUUGGCCUCGGUGUCUACCAAGCUGACCCUGCUCCCUCCCGUUCCUUCCCUGUCUACUUCGAAGACGGUCAGGUCGUCUACCCGGACUUCGCGUACCCGCGCCGCCAUGAGAUCAUUCCCAUCUGGGCUGCUGCUCUUUUGGCCGCUCUGGUGCCUAUUGCCAUCUUCUUCAUCUGCCAGAUUCGCAUUCGCAGCUUCUGGGACCUGAACAACUCCAUCAUCGGUCUGCUGUACUCGCUCAUCACAGCUGCCGUCUUCCAGGUCUUCGUCAAGUGGCUCAUUGGUGGUCUGAGGCCUCACUUUUACGAUGUCUGCAAGCCUGCCGUGCCCCUCACCGGCGCGCAGACUGGCAAUGGACUGAAGAUGCUCUUCUACGACCGCAGCGUCUGCACCGGCGACCCGUCUGCGAUCAACGACAGCUUGGAGUCUAUGCCUUCUGGCCAUACGACGGCAGCCUUCGCCGGCUUCGUCUACCUCUCCCUUUACCUCAACGCCAAGCUCAAGGUCUGCUCCAACUACCACCCUGCGAUGUGGAAAUUGAUCGCAGUGAUGGCUCCCCUGCUCGCCGCCACCCUCAUCGGCGGUGCCCUCACCAUCGAUAAGUUCCACAACUGGUACGACGUGGUCGCCGGCGCCGUCAUCGGCACUCUCAUGGCCUUCACCGCUUACCGCAUGGUCUACGCGUCCGUCUGGGACUUCCGCUUCAACCACGUCCCGCUCGUGCGCCACGCUCCGUUCACGUACGGUGGCGGCGAGGCGGCCGCGCCGUUCAUGGGCUUCCACGAUGCGAUGUGGACGAGAAAGGCGGGCUGGGGUACUAUGGAUGGUUUGGCCGCGAUCGGUGGCGCGCCAUUCGAUGCCACGGCUGCUUCUGGUGGCUUGGCCAGUGCGGCGGGCGCUGCGAGCGGGUAUGGUCACGGCCAUGGCCAUGGCUACGGUCAUGGUGCUGGCACUGGCAACGGUGUGCGUCACAGCAUUGAGCGUAGGCCGGUGGGAGGCACUGCGCCGCCGGAGCACAUGGUCUAAGUUUGAGUGGCCUCACGCUUCGUGUGAUGGUAUUGACCAGUUCUUCCCUUUACUGGUGGAUCGCGUGCGUGCUGGAGUAUCGUGCAUGCGGUGGUAUGCGCGGAUAAUACAUUGUUGAAGGUGGUGGUAAUUCUUGAAGGGAUUGGUUAGUUCUGAUGGUGGUGGAAGACACGGAUACCCCUUUUGCUGAUUCUUCUGGUGGCUUUGCUAUGAAGUUACUUUGUUAGUUGGGUAGUAGUUCUUAGUUUGCUGGACAGGCUUAAUGCUUAUGAGACAAGUAUAAUGAGAUAUGGGUU